UCACAGCAAAGUUGUGACCUUUGGGGGCGUGACUGAGAUCGAGCAGCCAAUAGACACAGUCACGUCAAGUGAAGGGGAGGAGACGGAGUUGCUAAGACGACUCCUUUCCAAGGCAACUGUAGCCAUGCCUACCAUUGGCCUGGGCUCCCAGCUUUCAGAGCGGGAACGCAGCCAGGUAGAUGGAGCUGACCUCGAUCAAACUACCCCUCCCACUGCUGACCUCCCACCCUGGACCCCUGAAACCCCUCCUACUCCCGCUGAGCUGGAUGCGCGUCUGGCUCAGUAUGAACGGAGAACAGAGGAAGAGGAGGAGGAGGACGGGGAGAGAAUCCCAGAUCUUCAAAAGGAUGACAUGAUGGCGAGGAGGACAGGAGUUUUCCAUAAACAAAGCACUGCCACAGUGACUUACAACCGUUUCCUGCCUCUGCCCGCCACCAAACGAUGCACACCAGGGGAGGUCACCACUGACGCUGCUCCGUGGAGCAAAAGGGAAGUGCAGGCAGAGAGGAGCAAGAUACAGAACGUCAGGACUUUCUCUCAUAGAGUGGAGCAACAGCAACCCAGAGUUUCCAUGGAAACGCCUCAACCACACCCCGCCACGACCGCGGUCCGAGCAAUGUCUCACAGCGAGCGCGAAUAUGACGAGGAUGAGGAGGAGUAUGACGAAAACGAGCCCGUGCCUGACCUGGAGAAGGAUGAUAUGAUGGCUCGAAGGACCGGAUCAUUCCACAAACCGAGUGCGGUCAAAACAAAUCAGUCCAUCAACCAGUUCCUGCCGGUACCUGGGUCAGUUAAAUAUACCGUCGCCCCAGUGUCUCCAAUGAAGCCGCUGCACAGCAGACCUAAACUCACAGAGAAGACGGCUAGUGAAAGCAGCAGUGUUACCGUGGCAGCAGAACCUCAGACCCCGCUGUCCAAAGCCCCGACCCUCCCGAAGUGUGCAGGGCCGAGGGAGAGGCAGGAGGAGGAUGGAAAGCAAGAGGGAGACAUGAAAAAGCCUAACACCUCAGUCACAGAUGUAACUGAGCCCCUCUCCUCUCCAUCGCUCAGCCCUCCACCCAAUCCUGCUGUUACUUGUAAAGUGGAGGCAGAGUUGGUGAAGCAGAGUGUGGAGGAAAGAGUUGAGGAAAAGGUGGAGGAGAGAAAGAGGGAUGUGAAUGAGGAACCACAAAAAAAACCCUUCUGGCUGGAUGACGAUCUGCCUCCCAUGAUGAUGAGCCGGCGAGUUGCUUUUAUGUCUGAGGACGCUGAGAGUGUGAGCAUGAGUGACAUUCUCAAUGAGGAAGAGGUGGGACACUUACCACCACUGAGCCAAUCACGACAUGAGCGCAUGCAUGAACAGUACAACAGCUUUCUGGAAGAUGAGGACCACUGGCAAGACGACCUGGCUCGCUGGAAGAAUCGGCGUCGCAGUGCGUCACAAGAACUGAUCAAGAAAGAGGAAGAGAGGAAGAGGAUGGAGAAAAGGAUGAAGGAGGAGAGAAGUGAGGCCAGCAAAAGGAAAAGCAUCAAGACCUACAAAGAGAUCGUGGAGGAGAAGGAGCGCAGAGAAGCAGAGUUGUGUAAAGCGUACAGGAAUGCAGCGACUCCAGAGGAAGCCGCCAUGGUUUUACAGCGUUACGCUCUUCGCUUUACAAUCAGUGACGCAACACUGGACAGCCUAAAACUGCCCAGAUCCACUUCAAAACCCAAACAGGAACCAAAUCAGGUGCUGAAACCUGAGGAGGUGGAGACAGAGACAACUGCUCAACAGGAGACGUCACUUCCAGUUUCCUCCGGCUCCCCCACACCUGGAAGUCCCCUGACCCCGGUCACAGACUCAGAAAAUGUGCCACCUCAGUCUCUACACCUUCAUGAACCUCAGUCCAAACCGACAGAGUCUCCAACCGCACAACAGAAAGCACCGAUUCCUGAAGAUGCAAAGCCUCAAACCAAACCGCCUCAGGUUGUGCAGCCUCACACCCCCCAGCCUGUACACACACUCCCCUCCCCUUCACCUGUAUCACCCAGACCCGUCCCCCUGCUGGCAGCCAAGCCCUACUGCCAGCCGAGGACCACACAGUCUGGACACAAACCUGUCAAGAUGGACGGGUUGGUGCGAGUGAACGGAGAGGCGACGGAGGAUUUAUCUGUUUCCCCUCCGCCUACCUCUGCUCAGCACUCGCCACAGGAGAUCAAAGACGUUCCCUCCAAACAGACGGAGAAAGAUUUCCCCUCCGAGCAGGCUGCGAACAAUCAGGAGUCGGAGCAGAUGCCGCCUCCACAGAUAGAAAAACCGACCGCGUCUUCUGGCUCUGUCAUCAGCUCCCUGAUUGGAGGCCGAAACUGUAUCAUCACAACAACUAUUGUGACAGAGCUCACACAGACUCUUGUAGAGCCACAUCAACCGGAUGUCCAAAGCAAUGGACAGGUCAAUGGUACUGUGGGGUUAUCUGAGAAACCAGUGGUGGAAACAAAGGCUCCGCCAGCUACAUCGCCAAACAGCAUGCAAGAAUAUUCUCCAACUGUCACAGAGGGGCUUGAGGAGAGCAGUGUGACUAUUGAGACCCCCAUGUUGAACUUGGCUAAACGUGUUAAUCACUGGGUCUGGGACCCCAAUGAGGAGCGUAAACGCCUGGAAAGUUGGCAACAAGAGCAGGAGCGCCUCCUACAGGAGCAAUACCAGAAAGAACAGGAGAAGCUGAAGAAGGAGUGGGAGAAGGCACAGCUAGAGGUGGAGGAGGAGGAGAGAAAGCACCAUGAAGAGGAGCAAAGGAUUCUAGAGGAGACGGUGACACCCCUCAAUCCACAAUACCAGCAGUCAGUCCAGACAGGGACAACUUCUUCAGCUCCAGAAAGCAACAGGACAGAAGCAGGAAAUGUUCCCCUUCAGCAAAACGGCCAAAGAAGCUCCACAGGGAACGAGGAUCAACAUGCAUCGAAGCUGCAUUUCUUCCAGGACUCAGCAUGUGAUGGUGAACCUUCAAAAAAACAAGAGCUGUGGAAGACGUCCUCUCUGGACCGCAACCUUCAGCUAAACCAGUCAAAUAUCGUUAAAAGGUCUGAAUCACAUGAUGCUGUAACAAGCAAAGAGCAGUCCUCCCCUUCAGGCCCUCAGCCUCCCUCACCCAGCAGGUGUGUUAGUGGGAAGAGACUGUGCUCUGGUUGUUCUCAACCACUGGGAAAAGGAGCUGCUAUGAUCAUCGACACACUGGGACUGUUUUUCCACAUGCAGUGUUUCAAGUGUGGAGUGUGUAAGGGGCAGCUGGGUGACGCCACUGCAGGGACUGACGUACGGAUUCGUAACGGACUGCUGAGCUGUCACGAGUGCUAUAUUGCAUCUCGGGGCAGAGGUCAGCCCACCACACUAUGAUGACCUCCAUUUGAACUGGACACCCCCCCUCCACCGUCAGCGAGUGGGCGGAGACGAAUCCUCGAACCUCGAAUCCCGUCGUGGAAUAUAUUCUUUUAUAUUCUGUUUUCCUGAAAUGCACAAACAGCUUUAUGGACGUUACUGAGAGUGAAACUGGACCGACGUGUGACACAACAUCACGCGCACAUACAGUACAGUGUGUGUGUGUGUGUGUGCGCUUCCUAACUGUACACAUGUAUACACUUCUUUUAAUACGUGUAGCAUGGAUUUAAUCAAGAAAUCAGUGUGUUUAAGCCUUUGCACAUCCAUACAUAGCACAGUAAAGACACUAAAACGAAGCCCUGCUCCAUCACAACUUUAACAUGUUCCACUAAAAGCUUAACACUACUGUCUUCAACACAUCAAAAAUCUUGAUUCAUCAUCCUCCGCUUCUGCACCGAUCAUGUGACUCCGCUCGCUUUGAGUGUGAUGUAAUGAUGCGAUUUGGGUUGGAUGACCUGAAGUAGCUUGACCAUUAUAAUGCCUUACUCAUCAUCAUACCUUCUCGUUCAUUUUUGGGGUUUUGUGUUUACAGUUUUGCAUGAAAGAAGAACAUAUAUAAGUUAUUGUGAGUGUUGCUCAGAUGGAGUAGUGUGAGUUUGAUGUAGGUUUUUAAUCUUCCCAACAGUUGAACUAUAACUUUCCUCUUAUACGUUGUACAUCAUCAUAAUAUUUUUUGAUUUUUUUGGGGCGUCUGGCUAACUUAAGCUUUUUUUUCUUUAUAAUUCAUUUUACAGGAAUGAGAACGCAUGUUAUUAAUUGUACUUGUUAUCUGGAUUUUAAAUGUUUUCCCUUUAGGAUGUUUUAGCCAUUGUUUGUUCUCAUAGACUGACUGCAUCCGAAUCAGUGCCUUAUGUAAUGAAUGCGAGGCUUUAGAGUUAUGUUCAGGAGUAUUUUCACACUCACACAGACCUCAGGGUCUCGGCACAUUGUGUUGUGUGUGUGUGUGUGCGUGGUGUAGAAAUCAUUGCAUUUUAUUAAAGGUAUGAAUGCAGUGUGUGGUUUGACUUGAAGAACAGUUCCAUACCAGCAAAAAAAUAACACAUUUUAAAUGGAUCAGCCUUUUCCUUAUAACCUGCUAUUCUCUCCCACUCCCUCCCAUGAGCUAAACCAAUGACACAAAGUGAUUUGCUGCUUCCAUGUUAAUUAUUCCCCUCCCUGUAUUAUGACAGUACACAAUUGUCCUCCAGUCGCUCCUCGCCUGCCUCUUUCACAAGUGUUGCCUCCCCAGAGUCUGAGCUGAACGUCUCUGUCCUCUCUGUGUCAUCGCCUCUACAGCGGCUUCUUUAUUUAGAGGAAUAGAGCGCUCAGUUCAUUGUCUUUUAUAGCAAGUGUAUGUUUUAUCAAUAAAAAUAUUUUAAAUGGGA